UCGGAGAGCCGCGCGCGUGCCACUGGAGUCUGGCACGAAGAAGAGAAUCUGCCUGGAACGGUGGAGGUGGAAGAAAAAAAAGGCAGGAGUUGUGUUUACAACAGAAUAAUGGAGCCCAAACGGUCGAAAUACGUUUGCAGGCGCAUUUUGUUAACUGGAUUUACACUGUAUGUCGCAUUAGUCACAGAACAGACGUGCGGCCUGGACGUUCAGGCCGACCCCGAGGUGAUCGUGCAGAACGGCACCACGGGGGUCCUCCGCUGCAGCUUCAAGUCCAGCGAGGUGGUCACCAAACGCACCACGGUCACCUGGAGGUUCCAGUCCAAUCAGCCCAAAAGCCCGUUCUACGAAUCCCCACAUGUGAUUUUCUAUUUUUCCGACGGUCAAGGAUAUCCUGGACUGAAGGAGUUCAAAGAGCGGGUGCAGUUUAUCGGAGACAUCAACAAGCGGGACGUGUCCAUCCAGCUGAGCCCAACUCAGUUCAGCGACAACGGCACCUUCUUCUGCGACGUCAAGAACCCCCCUGAUGUUAGCGGGACGCAGGCGGAGACGCUGCUCAGGGUCGUCCUGAAAGAAUCCCUUCCUCAGAAAAACACCGGCGUCAUCGUCGCCGCGGUCUGCGGGGCCAUGGUGCUUCUCGUCAUCAUUGCCGUCGCCGCCUGCAUCAUCAUGAGGGUGCUUCACAGCCGCCACGAGUACGAAGGAUGCACCACCUUGGAAAGCAAGAGCUCUCAGGCUCCACAGCCGCCAAAGAAGGUGGAGUCCAGCUCUGGGGGCUCCAGGUGUACCAGCCCGUCAGGCCCGCUGCAGGGCCCGGUGAUAUACGCACAGCUGGAUCACUCAGGGAGCAAAAACUCCUUCCACAAGAUGGAGCCGGUGGUCUACGCUGACAUCCAAAAAAACUGAAGGACCAAAACCCAGAAUUCAAGGGAAAACCCAGCAGAGUGAGACCUCUCUCCUAUCGGCUGCUCUUUGGAAGGGGUGGGGGGGUAUUUUAACACAGAAAAAGAAAAUUGGAGCAGAUCCUCUCUUUGAAUUCUCCUCUUUCUGUUCUCUGGAAGCAUGAUUCUGUUGAUGGUAGUAACGUCUCCUUGUGCUUUGGUGUAAAGAGAAGAAAACACUAGUAAGUGCGUCACAUCCGCAUCAGACUCUCCUGCAGAAAAAAAAAGCCGUGUUUGUAAAAAUAAUAGCGUCUUUUCUGCAGACCGCUGCACCGACGAUUUGCUCGUAAAAUGGAGGAAAACGGCCGCCACGUCCUCUGCUGCUGGUUAUUUAUUUGUAUUGUUGAACGUUUGUACUCGUGUUGCUCCGAGGAGCUCCAACCGCGGCGCUCUCCUCAAACCUGCGUCCGUCUUGAUUUGCUGCUGUUUGGAGGCGAGGAGGCCCCAGCUCCUGCUAAUCGUCUGCUCCUAACGAGGCCGUACUGAGAAAAACUGCUUUUCCUCCAUUAAAAAAGCGUCAAGCUGCACCCGCUUUAGUUUUUCGGUGUUGGCUAGUGUGUAAAAAAAAAAAAGAUUCCUGCUUAGAGAAAAAAACCAAAUCUGUAGAUUUCAACGGACAGAAAAAGCAAAAUGUCUGAACGGAAGCGUCCGAUGGCCGCCCUUCCUGCUGGGCCAACAGGAAGUGGAAUCCUCCGUUUUUCAAAGUUUGGUGCAUCGGUCUGCAGAGGACGGCUCAUCUCCAUGGUAGUGGUGUGGGCGGAGGCGUUUGCCCCCCACCACCCCCUCGGCAUCUUUGCAUGCGGCGCCCCCUCCCCCGCAGCCCAACUGGCGUGGUGUUACUGUGAACGCUUCUGUGACGUCCUGGCAUGUGGUACUCUAACAACUCCACCCCCCAUUUUGGAUUUUCACCUGAGUGGAACGAGGGCGGAGCUUAUGGGUGGAGCCCUAAAAAAAAUGACCUUCUGACCUUUGAUGUUCCUUCACUUGAUAGAAAUUAGGGGGAAAUUUUUUUUUUUUUUUUUAAAUCAAACUCUGAGGUUAUUUGAGCAAAACACUACUCUGCAUGCGACUUACUAACAUCAUUAUGGCAGAACUAUCCGUGGUUUUAUUCUACGUCUUAUGUUAUUCUCAGAAAUGUGUCAAAUAUCAAACUUUUUUUAUUUCCCAGAUGCUUUAAUUCAUUCCAUUUUUUUAUUGUUUAUGUUUGUUUUCAUGCGUUUAAAAGCCAAGUUUCCUUUGACUGAGUUUGUUUAUCAGUGUUUUGAAGGAUCUUUGUUGCUUCCGGCCUGAAGGCCCUCGGCUUCACGGUGCAGAAAAUGACUGAUGCCGGUCCAUAGAUCCGAUCUGGUGCCGUUCACUGUAGUUCAUUCCAGCGUUGCUCUCACUGCCGGGUCAGAACCCGGGCGCUUCCUCCGGUCGUUGUACUGAAGAAAGUCGCUGUUUUCUCACGUUAGUCUUAAUUAUUUUUGUCUCCAGAAACCGUAACGGUGUUUCUUUUGCUGCUCGGCCUCGUUGAAGAGUUCUUCAGCUGAAAUGAAAGAAUAAAAAAAACCUCUGUUUGGUUUUUAAGGGAUGGAAUGAUCCAAAAGAAACACCUGCAGGUCUGCAGGAAGUUUCCUCAAACUUCAGGAAACUUUCCUGAAAUUCAGGACACUUCCUUAAACUUUAGGAAACUUCCUGAAAAUAAGGAAACUUUCUAAUGUAUUCUGAAGUUCAGGAAAGUUUCUUAAUUUCCCUAAGAAAUUUCCUGAAAUUCAGGAAACCUCCUGAACUUCCUAAAAUUUAGGAAACUUCCUGAAAUUCAGAAAACGUCCUGAAAUUCAGGAAACGUCCUGAAACUUUAAAAAAAUUCCUGAAAUUUAGGAAACGUCCUGAAACAUUAGGAAACUUCCGGAUUUUAGAAAACUUCCUGAAAUUUAGGAAACUUCCUGAAAUUUAAAAAACUUCCUGAAAUUUAGGAAACUUCCUGAAAUUUAGGAAACUUCCUGAACUUUAGGAAACUUCCUGAACUUUAGGAUACUUCCUGAACUUUAGAAAAAUCCCUGAGACUCAGGAAACCUCCUGAACUUUCUGAAACUUCCUAAAACUUUGAGAAACUUCUUUAAACUUUCUUAAACUUUAAGAAACUUCCUGAAACUUCCAUCCUGUUCUUAAAAGUUCAGGAAGUUUCAGAAAACCUUUAGUUUCAGUCACUCGCUCCACGCGCCGUUUCCCGCCUUGUUUGAUUCCCAGUAAAUCUGUUUGUUUUUCCGGAUCCAUUUGGAACCAGAGGAUCAAACUUCCAUCCAGAAUCUCUGCUGAAGAAAUCUCGAUGAACUCUUCCUCCAGAACGACGGCGUCAUACGGCGGAUGCUCGUUUUCGUGACUUGUAGCCGUUUUUUCGUGCUGUCCUUAAAAAUCGUGAUAUAAAGUAUAAAUUAUGAAAGAUUCCAGAUUCUGCGGCGUUCCGGCAAGCGGUUUCCCUCACGGCGAGUCUUAUCGGCGUCUUUUGGACGGUAAAUGUUUGCGUCGUCGUCUUUACGUUGUGUCAAAGCUCCACUAUGUUGCACAUCUGAAGACGAUCUUCGUCGUGUGAUUUUCACCUUUGCCUGUUCGAUGUCUUUAAAACUGGAAUGUUGUACAUUUAGUGCCUUUUACAUUUCAUCUGCUAACUUGAACAUCUGCUCAAAAAUAGAUUUUAUUUUCCUUUGACUGUAUGUAUUUUUUUAUAUCACCUCUGUAUCCACUGCUCAAAUUUGAUAUAAAACCCACUCCUGGCCCA